ACAAAGCAGCUACUGUCUCCUCCAGGAGUGGGUUCAUUUAGUCUCCUGCCCUUGAUAUUUUGUCAUACCAGUACUAUCGCCUAGAGGGAGUUCGCUCGAAGUAUUUGCUGACGAUUGCAUUUGCAACUUGCAAGGAGGACAACGUAGCUGCAAAACAUGGCAUCGAACGCUUGCGUCGGGGAUGCAACAUGAGAGCUGCUGAUUUCCCCUCCCCCGCCCCCCACUACCGUUUUUGUACAAACUAAUGCACCGAUCAAAAGCGGAGAACCCCCCAAAAAACAGAACGAUGCAACAACAACAACAAAAAAAAACCCUCGAGAAGAAGUAGUUUCUGAAGCGGGAUCCAAAUGGCCAAAGACUGGAGAUAGGCUUGUUGCAAGAGGCUGCGGUUUUCACAUGCAAUGAUCGCACGGAGAUGCAAAAAUCGAUUUUAUAUGAUUCAUGCUGCACUGGUGCGAGAGCUUGUCCUUGACAACUGCAGAUCGAAUGAAGGUAAAAUCGAAGGGCUGACGGCUGAGUUUGAGAACUUGGAGUUCCUUAGCUUGAUAAAUGUUGGGUUGAUGUCCGUCGCAAAUCUCCUUCGCCUUCCCAAACUGAAGAAGCUCGAGCUAAGUGACAACAGGAUUUCUGGAGGAUUGGAUAUCUUAGCGGAGAAACUUCCAAAUCUCACACAUCUAAACCUCAGUGGAAACAAACUCAAAGACAUCAGUACAUUGGAACCUCUGAAAAAGUUAGAAAACUUGAAGAGUCUGGAUCUUUUUAACUGUGAAGUGACAAACUUGAACGACUACAGAGAAAGUGUGUUCAAGCUCCUCCCACAGCUCAUGUACCUGGAUGGCUACGAUCAGGAAGAUCGGGAAGCUCCUGACUCCGAUGCGGAAGCUGAUGGGGUUGAUGAUGAUGAGGACGAUGAAGAAGGAGAGGAAGAGGAGGAGGAAGAUGAAGAAGAAGAUGGAGAAGAAGAACUUGACGAUGAAGAGGAGGAAGAUGAAGAAGGGGAAGAUGAUGAAGAUGAAGUCAGUGCAGAGGAAGAGGAGGGGUAUGAACAUGAUGGUGAGCUUGAUGAAGAAGAGGAUGAUGAAGAGGAGGAUGAGGAUGACGAGGAGGAGGAAAGCACUAAAGGACAGAAGAGAAAACGAGACACAGAGGACGAAGGGGAGGAAGAUGAUGAUUAAGAAUCGAAGUGACCUGAAGGACUAUUUAGUACUGGAUGGGGCAUAAUGCCCCCCCUCCCCCCCCCC